AUGAAAGUCGCGGAAAAUGGCUUUUAUCUUAAAGACGGUACCUUCCAAGAAGCAGAUUGCAUAAUAUACUGCACUGGCUAUAAAUAUACCUUCCCAUUUCUUGAAGAUAACUGUGGCAUCACUGUUGAGAAUAACUAUGUAAAGCCACUGUACAAGCAAAUUAUCAAUGCUUCCUUUCCCACCAUGGGGUUUAUAGGAAUCCCAUCUCGUAUCAUUGUGUUCCCACUCAUAAACUACCAGGGGAAAACUCCUUUACCAAGGACAGCUGAAAUGAAAUCAGAGAUUGAAGCCUAUGCUGAAGAGAGGAAGAUGCAAGGAUGGAAAGAAAACCAGUACCACAUCCUGCAAAAUGACCAAUUCCAAUACAUGGAAGACCUGGCACUCUGGCAGACCUACGAUUAUUCCCUUGGAGAAGAUGGGGCAUUAAUUGAGAAGUGGGAGGGCAAGGUAGUCAGCACAUCAUGGGACCUUACUGUACUGACGGCUAAACAGACAUUCCGGCUCCUGUGGCGCAAUUUUCCUAAGAUUGCUUAUAUUUUGGGCUCUGCGGUUCUUAAGAAAUUAAGGGGUUUUGUUGGAUUGUGA